AAUUUUUUUGGGCCCCGCUGCGAGCAACCGGACCCGGAACUCCAUCUUCUCCCGAGUCGGGCGCGAUCGGAGCGCUCUCCCGUCAUAAUUCAUACAUUCAUACCUGGUGCGGAGUACGCCCGUGCAGGGUAGCUGCUAGCCAUUUGCUUAGUUAUACCACUCAUUAUAAAAAAAGAAGGAAAAAAACAAAAGGUACGCAUAGCCGCGGAUCCAAUGGCGUCCUUCCCCAGAGGGUUCGGCCCUCGACUGCUGCUGCUCGUGCGGCAGCAAGCCCCGUGCGAUUGCGCCGCGACACAGGCGCGCCAGCUCCUACGUGCCCGCUUUUCUACCUCCCGCCUCCUCCAGAAGGCCGUCAAGACAGCCCGGCCGGCAGCAGCCCCGAAGACCACGCCCAACGCCGCCUCCAAGCCGACCCUUCCAAAAGCCUCUUCCGCCGCCGUCCCCGGCACCACGGUAUCAGCAGCACCAGCACAAGCGGCCCGACCGUCCUCCUACGCCGAACAGCUCGCCCUCAGGGGCCGGACGCUGCUGUACGAGUCGCCCUCUCACUUUUGGUUCCGCGCCGGCUGCUUCUCGUCGGCUACCUUUUGCGUCUCGUACACCGUGUACCAGUACUGGACCGUCAUCCUGCACCCGCCCGAGGGGCUGAUGUGGUGGAUCCCGCACGCCUUCGGCGCCAUCCUGGUCUUCAUGGCCGGCAUGGGCGCCUACUUCGUCAUGGGCGCCGGCCGCAUCGUGCGCUCCAUCGAGGCCGUCCCUGCCGCCGCCGUCGCCAAGCAGCUCGCUUCCGGCACGACUGCGACUACGAGCCCGAUCUACAUCGAGGUGGCCACCCGCCGGAUGGCGCCCUUCAUGCCCCCCAAGAAGCACCUCCUCCCACCCGAGGAGGUGCAGCUGCCGUUCCGCAUGUACAGCGUGUUCUCGGCUGCCAGGGCGCCCGAGCUCCCGGUCGGCCAGAGGCCCAUGGGCCUGGCCGAAAGGGUCCGCGCCGAGCGGGCGGCGAGGGAGGCCCGGCUAGCCGAGCGCAAGUACACCAUGGACCACAUCCUGACGGCGCCCUUCCGCGACGCGCGCAAGGCGUUCGGCACCGCCUGGAGCGGGAUCAAGCGCUCCUUCCACCGGGAAGGGUUCGCCAAGAUCCGGCUGGGCAAGCAGGAGUACAAGAUGGACGUCACCGGCGGCUGGGCCCUAGACGACGGGAGGGCAAUGGACAGGUUGUUGCCGAUCCGGCCGAACGCGAUGCGGACGAGGUGAGGAACCGAUCAAGCUUCUUUGUCUCUUGGGUCUUCUGCCAAGAUGCGUGUAUAUGGUAUUGUAAAUGUAUGUACAUUACUGUGUGAAUAAGCCGAGUCAGAAAAAUAAAUAUGCGGCCGGCCGUGCUAUGCCUCCGUAGAUCAUACUUUCGAGGCAUUCAGGGGUAGUACGAGAAUGCCGGGUAAAGGAUGGUUAUUCUACUCGGCGCCUCUCCCGCUUCUCAGUCACGGAGAGGACAGUCCCGGGAAUGUUCUCCCAAGAAAUCGAAACAUACGAAGGAUGGUCGCCGAGCAAUAAGUCUUCCAGUUUA